AUGCCGCCAACCGAGAAAUCGAUCCUGACCAACUUUCUCCUCCCGCCUGCCCCACUCUCUACCGUCAUAACACAGAAGAAAUUCACGGAACUCUUUCCACGCACAUUGCAGGGGAAUCCGGCCGUGGGUGCACUAUAUCGGGAACUACAGCACCAACGAGCAUUGGGCAUUGAUCAAGUGGCGCGAUCCAUCGAGGGGGAGGUACACCGAGGAGAGAGACAGGCUCGACAGGUUGCCAAGGAGAGGAUCCUUUCCGAGCAUGUCGAGCUUGACGAUAUUGAUGAAACCGAACUUCGACUAGAACAAAGUUUAUAUGGCGACAAUGGACCCAACCGUCCUGACCUCCAUUCGAUCGAAUCGAUAGUCUCCUCUUUGGAGCAUGCUUGCCAAAGUGUCGAGGAAGAAAUUCAUGUGCUCGAUAAGGAGGCAGAUCAACUCCUUCAAAAUAUCCAAACUGCUACAAGUGACCUGAGUGAUCUCAGAUACGGACGCUUCCCGACAACAGUCUCAGGGGAAGAACUUGGUAGUUCUGUCUUUACAACUCUUAAGAGACUCGAGAGUGUAUGUGGUGAUGCUACGGCAAAUAAGACCGACGGAUAG